AUGUCAAAGUGUGUGUACGUCUUUGGUGACCAAAGCAGUCCAGUACUCGACAAGUUAGACGGCCUCUUGCGCAUCAAGGACAAUGCGCUCCUCGCCUCCUUUUUAAAUGAGGCAUUCCUGAUUAUCAGUCGCGAGACGAGGUCACUCCCAUCCGCCGACAGGGUCUCCGUCGCACAAUCAGAAAGUCCGAGUCUCCUCAUCGAGGCGGUGCGUAGGGGAACAACGCACGCCACCUUAGAAAGCAGCUUCUUAUGUAUCUACGAGAUCGGCUACUACAUCGACUCCCUUUCUCGAUCACAGAGACAGCAUCCACCACCUUGUCCGUCUCUGGUUCUCGGGAUAUGCACAGGAGCAAUAGCUGCUGCUUCCGUGAGCUGUUCCGUCAACGUAUUCGAGAUCUCGAGACUGGGCCUUCAAGCCGUCACCGUCGCCUUCCGGACGGGAUUUCACGUCGGGAAAAGAGCCGAGCUCCUUGGUUACCCGACAGCCAGCAGUUGGUCCAUGAUCGUGUCUCUGGAUGACGAGAAUCUCGUGACACAAGUUUUGGAGCGGAUCUCAGCCGACGAGGGUUUACCGGCAACGUCAAGGCCGUACAUCAGCGCAGUUGGGACGGGAUGUACCACCAUCAGCGGACCCCCAGCCAUUCUCGAGUCACUGAGGUCACUGGAUGCAUUCUCUGGGAAGAAGCUAUACCCUGCCCCGAUUUAUGGUCCUUAUCACUGCUCAUCGGAAUUCACAGACUCCGAUCUAGGAGGUAUUCUGGAGGAUGUCCUCAGGGGCAUUCAGUUCCUAGAUAAUAAGUCCUUAGUCCCUCUUGUCUCUUGCUUUUCCGGCGAAGCCGAGGAGGAUUCCAGGUUUGGAGCCCUCCUAGAGAAGGUCGUCAAGAGUGCCCUUGUAGAGCAGGUUCGUAUGGACCGUGUUGCAGAGUCCCUGUUGAGAUUCGGCUCGGGCGGAGACACGACAAUCAUCCCAAUCAACACCCAGGCGGCGUGGGGUCUUGCAAACCGGCUGUCCCAGCAAGGUGCUUCUACGCGCAUCGCCGGGACUUCAGAGGACCUGGAGAAGAAUGAGAGCACAGCACACUCGUUCUAUCCGACGGUGGCACCGGGUGACGAGAGAAAAAUAGCAAUCGUUGGGUUCAGCGGACGAUUUCCGGAAGCGGAUGAUCUCGAAGAAUUCUGGGACCUUCUUGCCAGAGGCCGAGAUGUUCACAAGCCGGUCCCUGAGGAGCGAUUUUCCCGGGACCACUAUGAUCCAACUGGUCAAAGGAAGAAUACGAGCCAGGUUCAGUACGGAUGCUGGUUGAAGUCGCCAGGAUAUUUCGAUACCCAGUUCUUCCACUUGUCGCCAAAAGAGGCCAUGCAGACGGACCCGAUGCAGCGUCUUGCCCUUCUUACCGCGUACGAAGCGCUAGAAAUGGGCGGCAUCGUCCCUGACCGUAGUCCCUCCACCAAGAGACAUCGCGUUGGCGUCUUCUAUGGUGCUUCCAGCACCGACUGGGGUGAGGUGAACUCGUCUCAGGAUGUAGACACCUACUACAUCCCAGGCGCCAACCGUGCCUUCAUCCCCGGCAGAGUCAACUACUUCUUUAAAUUCUCGGGCCCGAGCAUCGCCGUCGACACAGCCUGCUCUUCGAGCCUUGCGGCCACGAACAUCGCCAUUACGGCUCUGGUCAACGGAGAAUGCGACACGGCAGUGGCAGGCGGUACUAAUGUCUUGACAAACCCGGACAACUUCGCUGGUCUCGACCGCGGCCACUUCCUCUCUCGGACAGGAAAUUGCAAACCAUUUGAUGACAGUGCGGAUGGCUACUGCCGGGCUGACGGUGUCGGGACCCUCAUUCUCAAGAGGCUACCGGAUGCCGUGGCAGACAAAGAUCCCAUCUUUGGCGUCAUUCUAGGAGCUCUUACGAACCACUCAGCUGAGUCGGUCUCCAUCACGAGACCCCUUGCGAACGCGCAGGAGUACCUUUUCAAGCAGCUCCUGGCAAACACCGGCAUUCGGCCCCAUGAUGUCAGCUACGUUGAGAUGCACGGGACUGGAACCCAAGCUGGCGACGCUGUCGAGAUGAGCUCCGUCCUCAGCUCGUUUGCCCCAGACUAUAGCCGGCCGCAGGAUAAGAGCCUUUAUCUCGGCACCGUCAAAGCAAACAUCGGUCACUCCGAAGCCGCCUCAGGCGUCCUCUCCGUCAUAAAGGUGCUUCUUAUGAUGCAGAAGAACAGGAUACCUCCCCACUGUGGCAUCAAAUCAAACAUAAACCAUUCUUUCCCCACAGAUCUCGAUCUUCGAGGUGUAAAGAUUGCACUGGACGAUGAAGUGGAAUGGCCGCGUCCAGCAGAUGGCAGGAGGAGAGUCCUCGUCAACAACUUCUCUGCCGCAGGUGGAAAUUCUUCGAUUCUCCUCGAGGAUGGCCCCGCAGAUACGCGCGUCGGAUGUGACCAUGACCAGGUCACAGAUCUACGAGAAGAACACAUAGUCGUGGUCUCAGCCAGAUCUAACAAAGCCUUGGAAGAGAACCUUAGGGCCUUGAAGGCUUUCAUAGCCAACCCGCCUCCUCCCGGUGGUGAUCUUUUGUCGCAACUCUCUUACACCACCACGGCUCGCCGCAUACACCAUAAUCGCCGUAUGGCGUUUGUCGCUAGCAACCUCAAAGAUCUUCAGGGAUGCCUGUCUGCGGCGGUGGAAGUCGCCGCCGAGGUGAAGGCCGUCCCCGCGGUACUUCCCAAGGUCGGCUUCCUCUUCACCGGUCAAGGGGUCCAGGAGUCUGGCAUGGCAAAGGCCUACUUCCAAAACUUCUCUUCUUUCCGGUCCGACAUCCAUGAAUUCGAUUCCAUCGCCAAGGCUCAGGGGUUUCCGUCAGUUCUUCCUCUUGUCGAGGGAAAAAUCUCUGUCGAGGACCUCUCGGCUGUAGUCGUCCAGCUUGGGACAUGUAUCAUACAGAUGGCUCUAUCCCGUUUCUGGAUCAACCUAGGGAUCAGGCCGCAAUAUGUCGUUGGCCACAGCCUCGGGGAAUUUGCCGCGCUCCAGGUCUCGGGUGUCCUCAGCAUCAACGAUACAAUCUAUCUAUGUGGCCAGCGAGCGUCUCUUUUGGAAGAAACAUGCACAGCCAACACGCACGGGAUGGUUGCCGUCAGGGCAACUGCUGAGGCGCUGAGAGAGUACCUGCCAGGUACAUUGGUCGAGGUUUCUUGCAUCAAUGACAUCCAGGAUACCGUUCUGAGCGGCUCCAACGCUGAUAUCGUUUCCUUCUGUGACAAGAUCAAGGAGAAAGGUUUCAAGUAUCAUCGGUUGGAGGUCCCGUUCGCCUUCCAUUCAUCACAGGUUGACCCGGCUCUAGACAAGCUCGAGAAGCUCGCUUCUCACGUGGAGUUUUGUGGCCCGGCAGUACCGAUGGUGUCGACUCUGCUGAGCAAGGUCAUCACUACGGGGGGUGUUGUUGGUCCUCAGUACAUCCGACGUCACUGCCGUGAGACGGUCAAUUUCCUUGGUGCCAUACGGGAAGCCCAAGCCGAAGGAUUGAUGUCGCAAGGCGGCAUGUGCAUCGAGAUUGGAACUCAUCCGAUCCUUACGAGGAUGGUCAAUUCCAUUGUCGGACAGGGCUUACAGUGCUAUGCCUCUCUUCGUCGCAAAGAGAACAUCUUCAAGACUCUGGCGAGCUCGCUUUCCUCUAUUCAUCUAGCCGGGUUGCCUGUGGUCUGGGACGAGUACCAUCGCGACUUCCCGUCCUCUCACAAGUCACUUACUCUACCCCGGUAUAGCUGGCAACUGGCAAACCACUGGAUACAAUACAAGAACUGGUGCCUCAACAAGGGAGACGAUCCUCUGCCAGGGACCGGCAGCGCAGACUAUUCCGUGAAAGAAGAGAAGACCAGGCUGUCUGAUGCGGUGCACGAAAUCAUCCAGAAAGAUUUUGGAGAUAAGAAGAGCUCCAUUGUUAUGCAGUCCGACAUGAACGAUCCAACUCUUCGAAAGGUCAUGCAACAGCACGUUGUUGUCGGCUUGGCCAUGUCCCCAUCAACAUUUUAUGCGGACGUGGCCUUCACUUUGGCCAGCUACAUGAUUGAGAACCAUGGCGGUGACAUUGCUACCUACCUGCCCUGCGUCAACAACAUGCUCCUUGAGAGACCUCUCCUUUUCGAUGAGCAUGCCGAGUGCCAGUUCUUCCGCGCGUCGAUGGACAUCGACUGGGAAUCCAUGAGCGGAACCAUGCGGCUAUACAAGGUGGACAGCGAUGGUGAGGAGACAGCACUUCAGGCGACCUGCGAUGUCAGUAUCGAGGAUCCAAAGACGAAUGCCGAAAUCUGGAAGAGCCGUCUGUACCUCGUCGAGAGGAGCAUCUCCCAGCUGACCCAGGGGCCCAGCAAUGGCUCAACACAUGUCAUGGGUAGCGGGAUGCUGUACAAACUCUUCUCCGCCGCUGUUGAAUACGGGCCUGACUUCCAUGGAAUCCGAAAAGUCUGGUUUGACAGCCGGGCCCUCGAAGCCACCGCCGAUGUCAUCGUGGCCCCUACCGGCGGCAACUUCGUUCUCGACUCGUUCUGCCUUGACAGCGUCGGUCACCUUUCGGGGUUCAUCAUGAACUGCGCCGACAGCCUAGACCUCGAUGGCAACGUCUAUAUAAACCACGGGUGGCGUUCUCUGACCUUGGUCGAGACCUUGCAGUGCAAUGUGCACUAUCAGUGUCAUGUCAAGAUGCACCCCGUUGGUUCUGACGACUCCAUGUACGUCGGCGACGUCUACAUUCUCCGCGAUGGCAAGAUAAUUGGCGUCUUUUCCGGGCUUACGUUCCAAAAGUACGUGCGCAAGGUACUGGAGAUGAUCAUGCCCAAUCGUUCGGCGAGCAAGCCCAAAUCGACACAUCCCAAUAUCGGAGCGUCAGCGUCUAGAUCGAAUGCUCAACAACACACCGUGACCGGCUUAGAGUCAUACAAGAAAGGAAGGCCCGCCGCUUCUCCCUCCUCUUCCAACCCUCUCCUUCAAAAGGCAUUGAAAAUCGUUGCCGAUGAGAUUGGAGUUGAACAUACCCAGCUGGCCGACUCGGCCGUCUUGACUGAGCUGGGGGUAGACUCACUCAUGUCCUUGACCAUUUUGGGAACCUUUCGCGAAGAGCUCUACAUAGAUAUCGCCUCCCCAGACUUCUACGGCUGCGCCACUGUGAGGGACUUGAAGGAUUUGGUAAACGGAAUCCUGGGCAUCACCGAUGAGAGCACCCCCAACUCAUCCUCGGAUUCGGACUACAAGGCGUCUCUCACGACCCCCACUACCGAUUAUUCGAAUCCAUCAUCACCAGAUGCAAUGCACGAGGAGGAAUUCCUUGUCUCCCCCAGAGUUCCUCCAUCGGGAUCUUCCGUUUUGCAAGGGACGGUACACUGCCCCAAGACACUAUUUCUAUUUCCCGAUGGCUCGGGAUCAGCAACCUCCUACAGGGAUCUGCCACACAUCGCGCACGAUCUGAGAGUCAUCGGUCUGGACAGCCCAUACCUGAAAUCUCCCAAGGACUUCACCUGUGGGAUCCAUGACAUCACGGACUCUUAUCUCGACGAGAUUCGCAGGCGCCAGCCCCAGGGGCCAUACUACUUUGGCGGCUGGUCGGCGGGGGGCGUCUCGGCCUUUGACGCGGCGUGGAGGCUCGCCAGAGAGGGCGAGGUUGUGGAAAGACUGGUACUGAUCGACUCUCCGAACCCGACGGGCCAGGCCGUGAUCCCCAAGAGCAUGUACGAUUUCCUGCAGAAACAGGGUUUGUUUGGGAGCCCUGAGGCGGGAAGCAGCGCGGAACCUCCAGAAUGGCUAUACCAGCACUUCGAUGCGUGUGUGAAAGCCCUGCACCGCUACGACCCGAGACCGUUUGAGCAGGAAUCCCCCAAGACCACCAUGAUCUGGGCCCGGGAUGGUGUGUGCAAGAGUCCCGACAUGCCGCGCCCAGAGGCGGGUCCUGGUGAUAGUCAUGCCAUGGAUUGGCUUCUCGAAAACAGGAACGACUUUGGGCCGAAUGGCUGGGAACGGUUGAUCAAUGUCAAAAACAUCAACACCAUCUCCAUAGAAGAUGCCAAUCACUUCUCUUUGGUGAGGCAGCCGGCAGCGUCUCGACUGUGUCCCAUCAUCAGCGAAGCUCUUGAGCUGGAUCCGGCUCAGUGA